CAGGGAUCAGUCUGGCGCUGGUGGCUGGCCAGAAGGAUGCCUCAGUUUCUGCCUCUCACCUGUUUCAUCAUCACAGUCAUACCUUUGUCCCCAGUGGCCCUGGAUCCUUGCACUGCUUACAUCAGUCUGACUGAGCCCUGGAGGAACACGGACCACCAAUUAGAUGAAUCUCAAGGCCCACCGCUGUGUGAUAAUCACGUGGACGGGGAAUGGUACCGCUUCACCGGCAUGGCAGGAGAUGCCAUGCCCACCUUCUGCAUCCCAGAAAACCACUGUGGCACCCAUGCCCCCAUGUGGCUCAAUGGCAGCCACCCCCGGGAAGGAGAAGGGAUCGUGCAGCGCCAGGCGUGUGCGAGCUUCAACGGCAACUGCUGUCUCUGGAACACCACAGUGGAGGUCAAGGCUUGCCUCGGGGGUUACUAUGUGUACCGUCUGACCAAGCCCAGCGUCUGCUUUCACGUCUACUGUGGUCACUUUUAUGACAUCUGUGAUGAGGACUGCCCUGGCGGUGGCUGUCUGGAGGCCAGUGAGUGCACAUGUGCGCCAGGAACCGUGCUGGGCCCCGACCGGCAGACGUGCCUGGAUGAAAAUGAGUGUGAACAAAACAACGGUGGCUGCAGCGAGACCUGUGUGAACCUUAAGAACUCAUAUCGCUGUGCAUGUGGGGUUGGCCGUGUGCUAAGAAGUGACGGCAAGACUUGUGAAGACAUCCAAGGGUGCCACAAUAACAAUGGUGGCUGCAGCCAUUCCUGCCUCGCAGCAGAGAAGAGCUAUCAGUGUGCGUGUCCUCGGGGCCUGGUGCUGUCUGAAGAUAACCACACAUGCCAAGUCCCGGUGUCCUGCAAAUCAAACAUGAUUGAGGUGAACAUUCCCAGGGACCUGGUUGGCGGGCUGGAGCUCUUCCUGACCAACACCUCCUGCCGGGGGGUGUCCAACGGCACCCAUGUUAACAUCCUCUUCUCCCUAAAGACAUGUGGCACUGUGGUCGAUGUGGUGAACGACAAGAUCGUGGCCAGCAACCUGGUGACGGGCCUCCCCAAGCAGACCCCUGGGAGCAGUGGGGACAUCAUCAUCCGCACCAGCAAGUUGCUCAUCCCCGUCACCUGCGAGUUUCCGCGCCUCUACACCAUCUCCGAGGGCUACGUGCCCCGUCUGCGGAAUGCCCCUCUGGAGAUCCUCAGCCGCAGCCACGGGGUCUUCCCCUUCACGCUGGAGAUCUUCAAGGAUAACGAGUUCGAAGAGCCCUACCGGGAGGCUCUGCCCGCGCUGAAGCUCCGGGACUCCCUCUACUUUGGCAUCGAGCCCCUGGUACACGUGACGGGUUUGGAGAGCCUGGUGGAGAGCUGCUUUGCCACCCCCACUGCCAAGAUCGACGAGAUCCUGAAGUACUACCUCAUCCGGGAUGGCUGUGUUUCUGAUGACUCAGUGAAGCAGUACACAUCUCGGGAUCACCUAGCCAAGCACUUUCAGGUCCCCGUGUUCAAGUUCGUGGGCAAGGACCACAAGGAGGUGUUUCUGCACUGCCGAGUCCUGGUGUGCGGGGUGCUGGACCAGCGGUCCCGCUGUGCCCAGGGCUGCCACCAACGAGUGCGCCGCCAGGCAGGAGAGGGAGAGGAUGCAGAGGGGGCCCGGGGCCAGAUGCUCAUGGGCGGCCCCAUCAGCAUCGACUGGGAGGACUGAGCCAGCUCUGCAUCUGGGCCUGGCUUCCCACCGCCACCUCUUUGGAACUUCACCUCGCACCUUCAGAGGACAUCAGUGGACUUCCUAGAAUGCAGAACAUCUUCAAACCUCACCUGGGGGUUGAAACUGGCUUCCAGAACCAGCUCAAUCUGACUCCACCCACAGGAACAGCCGCUGCACGGCUUUUGUCAGCCAGAGGAAGCCAGUCCACACAAAACCGAGCUGUCCACCUCCACAAAACACCUUGCACUUCACCACUGCAGAGGCUGGACUCCUGCUUCACAUAAAGGACUUAAAAACAAAAUCAAAGACUUGCUUGGAAUUAAAACAAAAAUACCCCUAAAUGAAUUUUUGAAAUAGUGAUUACACCCAAAUACAAAAUAGUUAUAGGGGAUUUGAAAUAUAAAAAAAGAAAAAGACAAUCCGGGCCAGAGAGAUAGUAUUGUGGGUAGGACCAUUGCCUUGCACACGGCUGACCCUAGCACCCCUAUGCCCCAUCCAGCCCGACCAGGAGUGAGCACAGAGCCCGUAGUCAGCCCUGAACACGAUCAGGGGUGGCCCCAAAACAAAACAAAAAUACUGUUUGCUCUUACACAAUAUUUUGGUGUUUUAAUAUCUUGUCCCAAGUGAAAUAUUUUUAAUUAAUAAAUGUUGAUAAUUCUCUAACAUCCAUUUAAUUGUCUUCAUGACUAAACUAUAGACAGCAAUUAAAAUUUGGUAUCACUUGUCCUGUUACUCUCUGGCAUUUAUACCCUCAGGAUAAGAGGUAAAGGUAUAAAAUUAUCCCAUAGUCCAUUUAGUAGGGGCUUAGUGAACUAUACUGAAAUAAAUCAAAAAGAUAAAUUUUAUCUAUAACCAAUUUCUUAAUUGGGGGUCCCUUACCCAGAGGUGCUCAGGGCUUACUUCAGGCUCUGUGUCCAGGGUUCACUGCUGGCAGUUCUGGAGGGACCAUAUUCGAUGUAGGAGAUCAAAUUAGGCUUAGCCAUGUGCAAGGUGAGCACCUUCCCUGCUGCAUUAUCUCUCUGGUUAUCUCUCUGGCUCCAAUUUCUUAGUAUUUAAAUAUAUUAUUUGACUUUACAUAAGAUCAGAAAACUUUAUCUUUUCCUUUAUAGAAAUGCCUACAAUCAACAAUUUUUGUUGGUUGGCUUUCGGUGCUGGGAAUGAAAUCUGGGACCUCACGCAUGCCAGUCUACAGCUAUAGCCCCGGUCCAAAACUGUUCUAAAAGAAUAGGUGAGAUUAAAAAGAGAUGAAAAUAUCUGCAUUGUGAGUAACCAGCACUUCCUGUGAGAUGUCAAAAGUCAUCUAUCUUGGACUUUCUAGGUCACACAGUCAUCGUCAUAACUACUCAGCUCUUUGGUGUAGCACAGGCUGGGCUGUGGAUGGGCGUGGCGUGAGCAGGGUUGAGCUCCAGUGAACCUUUCAGAUAUUGGGCCAUAUGUCAUCCCUGACCUUAUUGGUCCUCUGUCCUAGAUGGCAUUAGAAUCACUCUGCUUUUAUAAAUAACCAGGUAUAGAUAGGGACCCCCCCCCAUCUAUAGAUUCUGUUUCUGGUUUUAUGUUUGUUUUUGUUUUGUUGUUCAUUUAGCGAUGCAAAGUAGUUUUAGUGAGACAUAAGAGAGGAGAGGUAUGUUCUAGAGAGAACAUGGGUGUUUCCAUGUGGAAUAAAGCCUUGUAUUUUAAUACUGCUCAGGUGGUUCUAAUCCACAGUCAGGGCUGAGAAGCAGAAUUUAGGGACUGAAUUUGUCUUUUACUCCUCUGAUAUUUUAAGGUAUUUUCUAGUAUCUCAGUGGCAUUAUUUACAAAGAAUUUCUCAGACUCUAACAUGAUACUGAUACCAUGUUGUAAUUAAAUACCGAAAGGAGGGGCUGGAGAAAGAGUACAGCGAGUAGGGUCUUACCUUGCGUGUAGAAAACCUGGGUUUAUUCCCUGGAAUCCCGUAUGGUCCCUAAGCCCACCAGGAGUUAUCCUUGAACUCAGAACCUAGAAUAAGCCCUGAGCACACUAGAUGUACCCCUAUUCCUCCAAUAUCAAUAGGAAUAGUUCAUGGAAAAAAUUAGAAACUCAGGUCUAACUUCACCUGACCUUUAGUUCCACUGGCCUGGAUCGGCUCAGCCUCUAAGACUGCCUGCUUUCAUCUCCUCAGCACCUGUGGGAGCAAUUGUUGUUGA